CAAGUCGGAGGAGAGGGAGGCAGGAUGAUGGCGUCUCUGGCGGCUUGAUUCAGCCGCUGCUCUCACAAACCCGCCUUAAUAGCAUCAGUAGGAGGUGGAGGGGGCGCGAGGAGGGGGAGGAGAUGGGGGGAGACAUCGACACGGCAUCGCGAAGGAGGAACGACAGACGAGCGGACGGACACUCGCUUCCUCGCCCGCGUUAAUUGACGGUUUGGCACCGCAACACUUUUUGUUAUUGUGUCUUUCACUCCUUCGCCUCUCCCGUGGUCAGGGAAUUGGGAGAUUGGCGAAAGCGUUUCAUGUCCAGGAAUCACUGUGACCCCGACGGGAAGGACUUGACAGGAUGGGGGGAGUAAGUGAAGGAGAUGAUGUGUUAGCUCGCUGGAGUGAUGGACUACUGUACCUGGGCAAUGUAAAAAGAGUAGACGGAGUCAAGCAAUGUUGUCUGGUGAGAUUUGAGGACAACUCCGAGUUCUGGGUGCUGAAAAAGGACAUUCACUCGUUCGCUGCCGGAGUGGAAGAAGUUUGCUGUAUUUGUGAAGCUCCGCCUCUUAAAGAACCUCUCAUAAAUUGUCUUAAAUGUCGCCACGGCUAUCAUCCGGAGUGCCACACGCCGACCAUCGAACCGGAAGCUGACAGCGACUCCUGGAUAUGUCGACAGUGUGUCUUUGCAGUCGCAACGAAGAGAGGCGGGGCGCUGAAGCGAGGACGCUUUGCCCGGCUGAUGCAGUUUAUGAAGCUUCGGCUCCCGUAUCAGCUGACCUCUCUGGACUGGGACCCGCAGCAUCUGUCCAAUCAGCAGCAGUGCUACUGCUACUGCGCCGGACCCGGAGAGUGGAACCUGAAAAUGUUGCAGUGCGGCGGAUGUGGUCAGUGGUUCCACGAGGCCUGCACUCAGUGUCUGACCAAGCCACUCCUCUACGGAGACAGGUUUUAUCACUUCCAGUGUUCGGUGUGUACGAAGGGCCCAGAGACCAUCCAGAGACUUCCCAUGACCUGGGUGGAUCUGGCUCAUCUGGUGCUCUACCACCUCUCCCUGUGCUGCAAGAGGAAAUACUUUGACUUUGACCAUGAGAUCUUGUCCUUCACCAAUGAGAACUGGGACUCGUUGCUCCUGGGCGCGCUCUCUGACACGCCGAGACAAGACCGCUGUCACAAUCUGCUCAACGCUCUGAACUCCCACAAGGACAGGUUUGUCUCUGGCAAAGAAAUCAAAAAGAAGAAGUGUCUCUUCGGUCUCCAGAUCCGAGCGCCUCCACCGCUGACGUCCGACUCGUCGCCCCUCAUCACUGACCCGCCCAUCAACAUCACGCACCGCAGAAGCCCGCUGUCAUUACCCUGCCAGAGAAAAGCUGGGGGGGCAGAGUCACGAAAAUCAAAGCGUCGCAUCAUCGAGACAGAGUCCUGUCCCGCGCCGGAUACCACCAGCUCCAUUGACAUGCUGCCGUGUUGCCAUGGCUACAUGGGAGCGACGGAUAUCUACACCUCCCGGAAGUCAGAUGAGGAACUCGACUUGAGCUCUCCACCCAAGCGGAUGUACGCUCUCUACCACAGCACGUUGAACGGAAACUCAGCACUCUCCAGGAGUCUCCACCACCACGACAGCGUGGACGACGCCUGCAGAGUGAGCCCACCCUGCCUACAGUACCCCCUCGACUCCAACGGGGACUAUUAUGUUCACCAGCAUCACACUCACCAACACAACCACCAGCCGGGGCAGAAGCAGCCCGAGCCCAUCCUCCUGCACAACGGGCCCCCGUACCAGCCCAGCGGCGGGAGCGGAGGCGUGGGAGUCAUAGGUGAAGGUCCUGACGGAACUGUGUCCAGGAGCUGGACUGGAGGAGAGGCGGUGAGAAUCCUGGCCAGGCGCAUCACACCGGAGGGGAAGGUGCAGUACCUGGUGGAGUGGGAGAACGUGUACUGAGACGCCACAAGAAUCCUGUCGUUGUUGAGUGCAAACCCAGAGAAGCCGCUUCUCUAGACCCAGGUUGCACUCUCUACUCACCUCUUUUCUUUGUCAUCCUGACCUCACGACUUGUGUCCCUCUUUGCUGGUGUUUCUCUUUGUACUGUUAACUUUGGAAUAUGCCUUUGCAUCGACCACUGAGUGUGACAGGGCACAUUUAAACCUCCAGCUCAAUACUUCAGGCACCGAUAUUCAGACAUCAACAGCACAGUCGCACAUGUCAAGAUUACUGCGUUCUAAUGCUGGAACAGGAGACGUUAUGUUACAGCUGAAUCCACUCAUACCACUGACGUUCAUUGAUUUAAUCCUCCUCUUUUAAUACUGUUUACAUAUUCUAACUUAUUAUUAUUAUUGAUAUAAGGACUAUUUUACACUUUUUCAAUUAUCAAAUAAUGUUUUUGCACUAAUUGUCUAACCUUUUGUUGCUAGUGACAAAUCAUUUCUAUUUUUAUGUCAGUUGAUUUAAUACAUUAGUUUUCCUCAUCAUUUUGUACUACUGAUUACAUUUUGGUUUUAAAUUUAUUUAUGACAGAAGAACAUUUAAAAGCCUAAAAUCUCUUAUCCCAUAAUAUUUACAUGCAUUUCAAUGUUGGCAGCAUAUUUGAAACUAUUUAUCUUCCAUCUAUUCUUCUAUUCUUCAAACCUCUUUAUAAUAUUUAAAAUAUUAUUGUUGUUUUAUUAUUGAUACUGAGUCACAAUUUCUAAACUCUUUCAUCACUUUUGAAGUCCCUGCAGUUCUAAUUGGUCAUAAAUCAGCGGAUAGUUCAUGAACUGGAAGCAGAAUUGGGUCAGAGAAGAAGCGAUGAUGAACGUCUGUCAUCAUCUGGUUCCUGACGUCACAUUACAAGACAGUAAUCUUUGAGCGAGUUUGUUUAAAUCAGGGAUCUACUCCACUCCCUCACCGUAUCUUCAGAUACAUGUCUGGAGGUUUAAAUCUCCUCUGGUCACCGGUAUGUUAAUAAGCGAUUGUAUACAUGUUACUACAGUUUUUGUCAUUUAAACGUGUGAGCAGACGAGCCACAGUAGGGCUUUUGUUUUCUAUCAGAAUUAUAUAUUCGCUCUAUAUACAGAUGACAUCACUAUUUUAUCCACGGAUUUGCUUUCAUGUGGUUGCAUAGUGCCUAUAUGGGUGCCAGGCUGUCACGGCGUCACUCUACAUUCCAGGCAGACGAGACAUGAUGGAAGUUCACUUUGGAUAUUGCUAAAAAUAUCGUGGCUCUGUUAGCAUUCCCCUAAAAUUUCAGGGAUUCUGAAGGGAAGACUGAUUGACCGGGUGAUCCAAAAGUUACAAAUGCAAGCAGCAAUAAAGAUCAGUGGACCCUUCAUGGUUCAAUAGGUUCUGUUGGGAUUAUGAGACCUUCUGGAUUAGAUCAGAUUAACGUAUGAAACUUGGAUCUGGUUCUUAAACAACCUCUCCAUUGUCACCUGAAAACCUUCCAGAAGUGUCGCUGUGACAACAUCGAAGCCGAAUCUAAGCCACAGGUAAACUGUUGAGUUUCUUCAGAACCUUAAGUCCGAGGCAACCAACCUUUUGAGUUCUUUGUUAUCAAUGAUUGCGUGUGUUCGAUUUGCUCUGUAGCUGAAGUCCCACCCUGUCUUCUGGAAGUGCCCCCCAAUCCUCUCAAGGACCCACUAAGUACGAAAACAAGGAGUCAAAGCGAGACUGUGACCAUGUCGUCUCUGCUGUGGCUUAAUUCAACAGGUGACAUCAUCCCACAAGAGUUUAUAUUUUAUACUGAGUACACAAGGUUACUGUUCAUGUCUCUUCAUUCUAUAUUCCUGACUGUUGAGUUUAAGGUCCUCAUCCUUUUCAGUGACCGUGUUUGGUUUGCGGGGGAGCGUGGCGACCCCUGCAGGAGCUAGUGAUGAAUGUAUUCGUGUGUUUCUUCUCGUUAAGUGCUCGUCAUAGCUGGAACGAAGAGAGCGGGGUAAGUAAAGGCAGUGGAUCGUUAUUUUAGGUGGAAAGGCUUUCUUUCUCUGAUUAAAGAUCAGUUUGAUGUACAACAGUAUUUUUGGAAAAAUGAUGUUUGUACAUGUAUACUCUGCGUUGACACCGCUAAUAUGUAACAUGGAUGAUUAAAAAAGU